AUGAUGGCCUCAGUGUACUCAGACAGUGUUAAAUACAUUGCGGCUGUGGACAUUGGAGAAACCUACUCUGGUUGUGCUCUCUUAGACAUGACAAAGAAGAAUGAUACAGGUCAAAACGUGACCAAUAUUGUUUGGGAAAAAAGCUUAAGCCAAUGCAGAGCUAAAAAAACGAGAACCUGCAUCUUGUUUAAUGAAUGUGGAAAUGUCGCUGAAUUUGGAUAUGAUGCUGAAAAGAAAUUCAAGGAAUUGCUAGGCUUAGGAAAAGCACAGGAGUGGUAUUUUUUCCAGAAUUACAAACAUUGUCUCAACGAACCUCAG